AUGGCCCGCCGAAGAACAGGCUGCUUGACGUGUCGGAAGAGAAAGAUCAAGUGUGAUGAACGCCGGCCGCUUUGUCGUAACUGCCAAAUAUCCAACCGCGAAUGUGUCGAAUGGGCCUCAGGUUUUCAGUUGGAACGUCAAAACGAUCCCCCCGCUCGCCACCUUCCGUUUUCGCGGCCGUUAAAGUUCAGACCCCCGUUGUCUCAAUUUCAGCGAAAGAAGACGGCCUCCAAACGACUAGAUCUGGAUCCUGAGAGAGACGCGCCAUCCAGCAAGGAAAUCACCCUCUAUCGACUCGCCGACCGAAAGGACGACGCCUCUUCCUGCCUGCCUACUCCGUUUCCCGUCUCUCCGGCUGAAAGGCUGGCGGGUAGAGUGUGGGAUCUGCUGCAGAACGGGUCCGGAACCGGCUUCAGCCCACUGUACUUUGGUGACUAUUUUCAAGAACUUCCCAGAUUCAUUGGGAGAAGCGUAUGCCUGGAUGCGGCGGUGGAAUGUUUCCUGCUUACGCAGCAGCGACUCGGCACCGCCAGGUCUCUAGACUACCGCGGGCAGCUGCAACACUAUGGGCGAGCUCUCAAACUCUUGCGGCACGAGCUUGGAACGCUCCAAGUGCACAACAGGCGAACAGAGACCCUGGCCGCAUCGGUUGUCCUGCUUGCCUCGGAGGUCAUGGACAACUCUUUGUCAAGCCACGCACACCUCCCACACGUAGAUGGUGCGUCAGCCUUGAUGCGCGCCUACGGUCCGGACUUCUUCAAUUCUCGGUUUGAAUUACAGCUCUUCUACUCUCUUAUCCCCAUCAUUGUCUCCAGGUCGUUGGAGCGGAAUACCGAGUGCUUUGUCGGCGCCCCGUCGUGGCUGGUGCUUGAAAACAAAAUCCCGUCAGAAUGGGUGGAGACUCGGAUCGAAGCUCGAAUCCUCCACACAUACACCAAAAUCCCCACGUUCUUGCAGGCGGUUCGCAAAUGGAGGAAUGCCGCCUUCACCGACAUCCCAGGCCAUGUCCUGAUUGACCUUAUAAGCCUCCGGCAGCAUCUGCUCGAUCUGGGAGAGGCAAUCACGGAUUUCAUCCAGACUUCGGGUUUAAUGGCCGAGCUUCCUUGCAUAUCCAGACCGCCCGGACCAUCCACAUACUAUCUGUUCAAGGACAUCCACCUUGCGGAAGGAAUCUCGAUCUAUUUCAGGAUGGUGAUACUCGUGACCAGAGGCCUUUCCCAGCUGCAGUUAUCCCAGCCAGCCGAUCGAGAAUGGUCAAGGCUGGCAUCUGCCCAGCUGUGCAUGUCGGUCGAGCAUGAAAGAGUCCAGGCACCAAGCGGGGCGCUCUUUACAUCGCUGACCUUGAAAGUGGCCAGGAUUGCCUGUUCCGAUGACCUGGUGGACUGGAUUGAAGACCGACUCCGACAGGUUGAGGACUGGCUGGAUCCGUCACUGAAGAAUCUACUGUCUCUUUUCGACACGUGGUUGGAUAUUUGA